UUGUAGUUCCGGUUUAACCAGUGUGAAAGAGAUGUACAUGUUCAGUUACUUGUUAUGUUUAGCCAUUUUGUUGUGAGGAAUCGAUGAUUGUUGAAUUAUCGUAAUCGUUCUUGGUGGUUUAGUAAUUCGGCCACAUCAAAUUAUGCAGUUUUAUAAGGAAAAGCUUUUGUCACCAGGACAACUGAAACGCCUUAAUGAGCACAAAUAUAGCUGUACGACAAACAGUUUUUUGGAUGGAUCUCUUCAACCCUGGUGGAACUGGCUUGUUAGUAAAAUUCCACUUUGGCUGGCACCCAAUUUAAUAACAAUUGUGGGUUUAAUCGUCAACAUCGCAACUACUUUGAUUCUUAUAUAUUACAGUCCAGAUGCUAAAACUGAGGCACCUAGGUGGGCUUGUUUUUUAUGUGCACUUGGUUUAUUUAUUUAUCAAAGUUUGGAUGCUAUAGAUGGUAAACAGGCAAGAAGAACAGGGACUUCAACACCAUUGGGUGAACUAUUCGAUCAUGGAUGUGAUUCUAUAUCAACUGUUUUUAUUGCUCUAUCAGCAUGUAUAGCAGUACAGUUAGGAUAUUAUCCAACAUGGAUGUUUUUCCAGUGCUUCUGUGCCAUGACACUUUUCUAUUGUGCUCAUUGGCAGACAUAUGUUUCAGGUUCUUUAAGAUUUGGCAAAAUAGAUGUCACAGAAGCGCAAUUUAGCAUUAUAAUGAUACACCUCAUAUCUGCAGUUUUUGGACCCAAAAUAUGGAUGAUGGAGAUACCAUACAUAGAUGGUUUUAUGUUUAAGUAUUUAAUAGGAGUUGUGACAAUAAUUUGUGCACUGGCAAACUUAUAUUGCAUCUUUUCGGUGAUUUUCACCGGAGGAGUGGGCAAGAAUGGUUCAACUGUGGCUAUGCCAGUGCUUGGUGUAGGCACAAUCAGUAACUACGUAGCAGUGUUAUUUUAUGCAGGCUACAUUCAUGUAUUCCUUGAAUUCUGUAAAGUGUUUGAAUCUGGUGGGAUCGGAAAGAACGGUUCCACGAUUGCAUUGCCAUACACUGGCACAGAGGUCAAGGUGUUUCCAUUAUGGGCUGCUGUGGGCAUCGCUAUUUUACUUGCACAAAGCAGCAUAUCCGUCAUUCUUGCUGGUGGUGUCGGAAAAAAUGGCUCCACCGUUGCAGGAACAUCAGUUUUAUCUCCAAUUAUUCCAUUUAGUUUUGUGGUAGUACCAGCUUUUAUAAUUUAUAGAAAAAGUGCUGAGCACGUGUAUGAAAAUCAUCCUGCAUUGUACAUACUUGCAUUUGGAAUGGUUGCAGCUAAAGUUACUAAUCGAUUAGUGGUUGCACAUAUGACAAAAAAUGAAAUGCAAUAUUUAGACAGUUCACUGAUUGGACCAGCAAUGCUGUUCUUGAAUCAGUAUUUCAAUUUUUUUAUCAAAGAAUAUUAUGUUCUUUGGUUGUGUUUUAUUUGGGUUACUCUGGAUUUAUUCCGGUAUAAUGCUCAAAUUUGCCUUGAAAUCUGCGAUUAUAUGAAGAUCAAACUAUUUAAAAUACCAUUAGGAGAUCAUCGAACAAAUCUGGUUUCUAAUACAGCUGAAAAAAAUGUUCGCAUGACGGUGGAACAAGAGCCCCUAUUAGAUGAGGAUUAUCAUCACGGAUCUGAUACCACCCUCGACCUAUGAUGGUUAAAAAAGUAUUCGUUGGCAUAAAGAUAAUUGUUUAGAAGUACAGGGUUACGCAAAACUCUCUUAUGACUUAUACCAUAAUUUCUUUAGUAUCCAUAAAAACAUACAAACUUCUUUACAAUGAAGAUUAGUAUAAUAUGCGUUAUUAUCACUAUAAAAGUUUCAUAUGGCUUUUAAUCUCUUCUGGAUUGUAUCUUCGUUGUCUGAUUUGGGUACUGAUUAAACAAGGAAACAUAAACUAUGUAGUAGAAUGAAGCGUUUGAGUAAUAUAGUAGGAAGCGAAGAAGGGAGUUUGAAGAGAGUUUUACGUCGCCCUCUUCAGCGGCGUAGAAGGAAAUUAAAAAAGAAGAUUCUAGUUCUAUCGAUAACCAUAUCGUUUUGUACGAGACUGAUCGGUUCAAAGGUUUUCUGACGAAGUAAGAUAAGAGUAAUUCCUGUGAAAGUUUCACAGGGGACACGUUAAAGUACAAUUUUGUUACCAGUGAUCAAAAAUAAUAAAAGUUUAUAGUUAUUUGUAUUCAAUUAGGGGCACUGCGAACUGUAAGUUAAGAUUUAUGUUACUGGUAACACUUAGAAUUGUACAACUUCACAGAAGAGAUAGAAACGAAUAUUAAUGCAUUUUUUUUAAAUAAGAGAAUGUAUAAAUAUUUUAAAA